GCCCAACUUAAUAGGCUGCCACUUGCCAGUAGAACCGUUUGCCUCUCGCCUGCAUCCUAGUCCGGCGGCCGCACCCGGGCAGCUCCGGCGGUUCCCCGCCGCCGUCCUCCGUCUAUCCCCGACUGCGCUAGAGCUCCGUCUCAUGGGGGCGUCCGAAUCUCUCCUAUCUAGGCAGCAGCUUCAGCAGCCGCGGCCUCAGUGGGCGGAUGAGAUCACGACGGUGUCCGAGGGCCGGCGCGACGACGCCGACGCCGAUCCCCUCGUCCGCCGUAUCCGGUCUCUCACCAUAGCUCCUCCGCUAUUGAGCUCCCAAUCUGAAGCGGAAGCAGAGAGCAGCCUCACGGAUAUCCUCGUCGGGAAGCCCUCUAACUCCUCAGCCACCUCUGGAAAUCUGAACCCAAAUGUCCUAGCUGAGCUUUUCGCCAUGUACCGCGAAUGGCAAGAAGAGAAUGCCAAGAAAAUUAGCCGAAAACAGGAGGAGAUAGAAAACAAGAUAGAAACAGCUGAUGCAUUGGCAGUUAAACUUCUCCAGCGGUUCAAUUAUUGUCUUACUUACAUGAGAUCCACCUCCCACAAUCUUGCUGAAGUGCAUCCGCUGCAGAUCGAAGUUGGUGAGUCAAAGGGCAGGUUAACUGAAGUCAUAAGCAACUGCGAUGCAUUGUGUAAGAGAAUUGCUGCAGAAGGACCAGAAAGCCUACGAUCAUCUGUUCAACCUUUCAUGGCUGCUAGAGCGGAGGCAGAAGGGAGUGGUUCACUUGACCCAAAACAAGAGUCCUGAAUUGUACAAUCUAACUGCUGACAGCAUGCGCAAAGAAACUUCAGAGGAUGAUUAGUUUGUCCUGAACAAAUAUAUUAUAUAAACACGUUUAGGAAUUGUUCGGUUAUUCUCAAUACAUAUGGAUUGGAUGAGAUUGGAAAAAAUUAAGAAGAAGUUUGACUUGUUUGGGAUUCAAACCUAUCAAAUCCCACUCAAUUCACGUGGAUUGAGAGCUAAUCGAACAAGCCCUUAUAAUGUUGGAAAACAUGUUUUAGUCUUAGAAACCGUCUACAUUGACACUAGUAUAUCUAUCACGUUAACCAACGUAUCAUUCGAAUGGAGAAUUGUAUCAUUCGAAUAGAGAAUUGUAGAUCUUUACUACUAGACGCAUAGCGUAGAUGUAGUGGAAGUAGUCGAAUGUUCUUGUGUUCAUUCAUCCUCAAGUUUGUUGUUGAUUACUGUCGCAAUAAUAGCAGCUUCUCCACGGUGUUCACACAUGUGGUGAUGAAACGAUGUAA